GAGCGGUAAAAUGAAGGCGGACAAUCGGCAGACGUAUACGAAUACCAUCGACUUCCUGUUUGUUACCUUGGGGAGUUGUGUUGGCUUAGGAAAUGUUUGGCGUUUUCCUUAUGUUUGCUACCGGAAUGGUGGAGGGGUUUUCCUCAUCCCUUAUUUGGUGGCCGUGCUGCUUAUUGGAAUCCCAGUGGUCUUCCUCGAGUCCGCUCUGGGACAGUUCAUGUCCAGGGGAGCCAUUAAAGCCUGGAAAAUAUCACCCCUAUUCCAAGGUGUUGGUUUUUCCAUGACUGCUCUGAACGUCUUCAGUCAGUGUUACUACAACGUGGUGCUGGCAUGGGUGUUGUAUUAUCUUUUCUCAUCCUUCACGACCCGUUUACCUUGGUCUCAUUGUGGAAACGAUUGGAACUCGGAUCGCUGCAUCGAACGGUGUGGCAGCUACAACCGUACCGAUAACAACACUUUCGAAGGCACCGCAUCUGAUGAUGCAAUUACGAACCGGACCAGCAAGUACUGCUCCAUGCUGUAUUCGGGACUCCUUCCCAACUAUACAGCCAAUAAUUCUCAAGUGUUUAUGGACCCAGCUACGGAGUUUUGGGAGCGCAAGGUGCUGGGUGUAACGGAAGGGAUUGAGCACAGCGGCAGCGUUAAGUGGGAUCUCGCUCUUUGCUUACUGCUCGCUUGGCUCAUGGUCUACUUCUGCAUUUGGAAAGGCGUCAAGUUGACCGGCAAGAUCACAUACGUCACUGUCACCACACCCUACUUGCUGCUCUUCGCUCUCCUCGUCCGAGGAGUAACCUUGGAAAGUGCCUCGUUGGGUAUAAAUUACUACCUACUUCCGGACUGGUCGAAACUUGCCAAAGUCCAGGUGUGGUUAGAGGCAGGCAUUCAAGUGUUUUACUCCUACGGCGUCGGGCUCACUAUUCAUACUUCCUUAGGAAGCUGCAACAGGUUCCAUCACAAUUCUCUCAGACAUAUCCUGAUAUUCGCGUGCCUGAACAGUGCAACCAGUUUCAUAUCUGGGUUCGUCAUAUUUUCCGUGUUGGGAUUUAUGGCGAACAAACAGGGGCUGUCUGUGGACAAGGUAGCGGGCUCAGGACCUGGCCUGGCCUUUGUGGCCUAUCCCGAGGCCAUGUCCCAGAUGCCAGCGGCUCCAGUCUGGUCCGUCGUCUUCUUUCUCACCCUCAUUCUACUGGGGAUUGACAGUCAGUUCGCUCACUGCGAAGGUUUCAUAGUGUCCGUGACGGACCUGUUCCCCAAGUAUCUCAGGGGAACGCCUAGGAAGGAGAUCUUCAUCGCUGUUCUCUGCACCUCCUGGUUCCUGGUUGGCCUGUCCAUGGUGACCGAGGGUGGUGUGUACGUGCAGCAGAUAUUCGAGUGGUACUGUGGGGGACGAAUCUUGCUGCUGAUGGUGUUUCUACAGUGUAUAGGCAUAGCCUACUUCUAUGGAAUUAAUAAGUUUCAACAGAAUAUCGAAUACAUGCUGGGGUAUAGAGUUGGACCGUUCUUUAAAAUCGCCUGGCUUUUCGCCUCUCCGCUGUUCUCAAUACUGCUGUUCAUUUUGGACAUUGUCCUGUACCCGGAAAUGACGUACAAGCGGAAAUCUGGCGUCUACUACUUCCCAGACUGGGCACGUGGGGUAGGCUGGCUCAUGUCGGGAAUUCCCCUUCUAUUCAUUCCUGGAGUAGCCAUUUGGCGUUUGAUGCACACAGGCGGUGGAAUCACCAAGCGUAUCCGGUUCCUGUGCAAGCCUCAGUUUGACGAUACUCAGAUGAGCCGGUCUUUGAGGCGGAUUGGAGAGUCCAAACCUGAUGACGAGGUGGAGUUGUCUACCUUGACCACCAAGUCGUGAUCCCUGACCGUCAAGUCAGGGUUCGGUGCUUUGACACAGCUGGGAAGAGGGCAGGGCAAGGAGACUGAAUUGGGGUCGGGCUAGAUAGCCAAAGAGAUUACACUGAAGUCUGCGCUUUGUUUGGACGCUUGAUGUCCAUACUAUCCUGACUCUAAUCAUCUUUACGUACGAAAAGACACAAUGGACGACGUGUUGCCAUUAUUUUCACUCAUUCUAUCGCACUCUGAAGAGAGUUUCCUUGCCGACCAAAUGGUCAUUCGAAGUAUUCUCAAGGGUGGGUUUUAGUGGAAAGACUCACUUCCACCCUUGGAUUCGCGUGAAGGAUUCUGGGUAAAAGAAAUGGCGCAUCAUUCAUGGCAUCAUUGAAUUUCUCCACGGACAGAACGAUUGUCGACUUCGAAGUUACAUGAAUUUUUAUUUGACAUCAGAUAUCUUCGUUUUAAUUGUAAUUUGUGUCAACUUUUACCGCAUUCGCAUUUCUAGAUAUCCUGUAUUUCUCUUUGUUAACUUAAGGUUUUUUAAUGUAAUAUCACCGCUGUAUAUUGCCUUUCUCAGGGAGGCCAUCUUAUCAAUUUUUGCUUUCUUUUCCUGGGAGCGUAUCUUGUUUUUGUGUUUUUUUUGGUUUUUUUUUCUCUAAGCGCCUAACUUGUCUUUUUUGUUUUUCUAUGGGAGCCUAUGCUGUCCUUGUUUUUACCAAUUCUGACAAUUCCAGGCAUAUCCAGAACAGUAUAUGCGACACUCUUCGAUCUCUAUCGUAUUGGAGAGGGAAAUAAAACAGACUUAACAUUAA